AUGCCUCCGCCUGGUGGGACUCCCGAUAAUGCUAACUACGAUGUUCUGGUGGUAGGCGGAGGCCCAGUGGGACUACUGCUUGCAUAUCAACUGAAGCGCUUUGGUGUGUCCGUGUGUGUUUUGGAGCAGCAUGAGAAGGAGAUGCAAGACGCCUAUGGGCGGGCGAUCGCACUGUUUCCAAGAACACUAGAGCAGCUGGACCAACUUGACUUGAUUGAACCGAUGCUACAACUUGGAUUUGCUUGCAGAACGAGCGUGACAUACAAAGAUGGAGAGCGAGUAGUAUGGACGUUUAUGGAAAACAUUCAGGACACGACUUACGACUUUGUCUUGGUUCUGCGGCAAAUGUACACUGAACAAAUUCUGCGAGAGAAAUUAGAUGCCGUUGGCGCUAGGUAUUACCAUGGGAUGAAAUGUGUCGACUUCACCUAUGAUGAGAAUUUGCCGAGGGCGAAUUAUCCCAUAGUCUCAACUUUCGUCGAUGGCGGUAGUGGGGAGCAAUACCAACUCAGAAGCAAGUAUCUCGUGGGAGCCGAUGGAGGGCAUAGCUUUGUUCGAAGACACGCCGGGAUCUCGUUCGAGGGCGAUAGUUCAGACGAUCAGUGGAUCCGCAUCGAUGGUAUCGUCGAGACUGAUAUGCCCCUUAACCGCUCUUACGGUGCCAUAGAAAGCAAAACGCACGGAAACGUACUCUGGGCACCACUCGAUCAUGCAGCUACCCGAAUUGGAUAUGCAUACACUGCCGAGAUCGCUGCAAAGUACCCCGGAGGUGUCACGCAGGAGGUUGCCAAGCAGGAGGCUAUUGAAGCAAUGAAGCCUUUCAAAGUCAAUUUCAAGGAGGUUCACUGGUGGACACUAUACAAUAUCGGACAACGGCUCGCAAACAGUUUUUCAGUUCGAGAUAGAAUCCUGUUGUGUGGUGAUGCAGCGCACACUCACAGUAGUGGCGCCGCCCAAGGAUUGAACACUGGCAUCCAUGACGCUGUUAACCUGGGCUGGAAACUGGCACUCCAAAUACGGGAUGCAACAAAGUUGGAAGUCUUGAAAACUUAUGACACCGAACGUAUGACGGCAGUCCAGCAACUAAUAAGAUAUGACAAAGACAUCUCCACGCUGAUGUCUCACAAAUGGCCUUCUUGGUAUGAAGGGGACCGAAACGCCGAUCCAUAUCACGUUCUGGGUGAGAUCUUCGAAAAGACUGCGUCAUUCAAUACUGGAUUGGGCAUCUGUUACUCGGAAAAUUUUGUGAACCAGACAUCAGCUCUGAGUUUGAGAGUACCUCCAGGAAGUCGUCCACCAGAUCUGGAGCUGUCUACCCCUGGUACCGAUCAGAAAGUCAGGUUCCAACAUAUUACACGCAAUAUCGCAAAAUUCUGGGUGGCUGUCUUCACGGGAAAUAUCAAUGCAACCCGAACUCCACUUCGACAGCUCAGGAAGGCUUAUGCGGGCAUGAGAGCGCUUCCAAUAGAUGCAUUUGUGAGUUGGAUUACUAUUAGUGCCUCAACUGGUUGCUCUCCAUAUGAAGCGUUAGGGAUGGAACCAUUUGGAAAUACAUACUAUGAUGCUACAAGCUGCGCUCAUGAGAGGUUUGGCUUCAGCUUGGAGAGAGGGGGCAUUGCAAUUAUUCGCCCUGAUGGCUUGCUUGCUACCGGAGGCCCUUUAGAUGGACAGUUUGUUGAAGAGUACUUUUCGAAAGUCAUGCAGUGA